GUGGCGAUAGAACCGAAAAUCAGUCAGCAUUCACAACAGUGAUUUUCCGAGAGGAAGACCUUCGUAUGCAGCGCGAAACUGGACAAACUUCAGAUAUUAAAAUCAGAGCUGAAAUGGAAUUGGAGGUGAUGGUAGACCACAGUGAGGUGUAUCCUGCACAGGAUACUGAGUUUAAGAUCGUCGAAGUGUUUUCUAUGGACAAUUUACAAUCAGGUGCUUCAAAUACCGUGACCGAGGUCGUCAUUGAGGAGGAAUCAGACAGCGAUACCCUUGUAGUUGAUCAUGACUUUGGGUUUGGGGCUCCACAUGCAGAAUACCAUGCUGAUUCUGAGUUGCAUUCAGCUGGACAACCAGUUAAAAAGAGACGAAGGCAGCCACAGCAAAAGUUGUUCUGCCCCAUCUGUGGAAAGAUGUGCAUGUCCAUCUCAGGCCUGAAAGUGCACCAGAAAAUGCACACGAGAGAUUCAUCGCUUGACUGCAACAUCUGUAACAUGACCUUCCCAUCCCAGGCGGCUCAGAGCGCCCACAUGGCCAUGCACAACCCAGAGAAGACCCACCAGUGCCCCUGCUGUCCCUUGCGCUUUGCCUCGGAUAGGGCUCUGCAGGGCCACUUCCGAGUCCACCACAAGGGCUCUGAGAUGAUGAUGCCUCGGAAGAAGCAGGGUAAGCAACGGAAACCUCAGUUGCCAACGAGUCCACAGCGCACUCCGUCGCCACCUAGUGGGCAUUUUAGUCAGUUGCCACCCAUGGAGCAUUUCAGUCAGUCGCCACCCAGAAGUGUUAAACGGCAGAGCAAAAAGAAACACAAGACGCCGUCGCCAGCGCAGCUUCUGCUGCCCGAGUUGCCUGAGCCACAGAUCGUCAAAGCACAGAAGACGGAGAGCCGCAAAGGCAAGCAGGGGACGGGAUACAGGAAUAGGGAGAAAAUCAAGCUGGCAAAACUGAACCGAAAGGCCUUCCUGCAAGCUAGUCCUGUACAGCAGGCCUCAUACUUGCAACAAGUAAUCGAGGAGAGCAGAAAGCCUGUUCCUGCGCAGAAGGCCGGCGGUCCCGACCGGAACGGGACGUACCGAUGCAAUAUCUGCAAGAAGAUUUUCCGGGAGCUCCACUUCCUGGAGAAGCACAUUGUCGUCCACAUGGCGGUGCGGCUGCACAAGUGUAGUAUGUGCAGCGAGUCGUUUGACUCGGCGCGGGCACUGAACGCCCACGAGAGCGAAGUGCAUGACCAAGGGCAGUAUGUCUGCAGCAUCUGCGGCAAGAACUUGCACAAGCUGGGCUCGCUACUCAACCACCAGCUUCUUCACGAGAAGAAGGGUGCCAAGACAAAGGCCAGGUCGAAGAAAUCAGCUUAGGUCACAGGGGCCACUGACAUCAAGGAGCAUGAGUUUUUAAAAGAGAUGUGAACAUUGAGACAUUCGAAUGGGGGGGGGGAGGGAGAUUGGGCAGAUCGUUUCUCAGAGAAUCGUUUGCUUUAUGCUUUUCAGACCACUGUUGUUCUGCACAAACACAUGGUUUCACGUACCCGCCCAAUUAAACCAAAUUAUCAGGUUAAACAUUAUCCUAUCCAGCAUGUAAAUAUUAGUGAGAUGGUAGUUUAGCUAGGCUAGAUCUCAUAUAUUAAUUCAGAGGGCAAUACACGGCUGAAAGUUAAUCAUUCUAAAACCACAGUACUCUGAUCAUGUUUACAACCCUUUAAUUUUCUAGAUACAAGGACUUACUUUAUGUUGGCUGGUGUUAACAUAUGAACAAAACACAAAGUUUAGGACUCACUUCACAGAGCAACAAAAUGAGUCCACUUUGAAAGUCAGUUUGGAAGCCUUGUUUUUGUCUAACAUUAAACUUGCAUAUUCCAACCUUAUGCUUAGCCUGCAUGAGAUUUUACCCAGUAGGCAAUUGUGUUUUUCCUUUCCUAGUUCAGGGAUCAAUUAGUGAAUAGACACUAAUGAAAUUAUGGUAUUUUUUCACAUAUACCUUAUUCCUGUUCUGCCCCUGUAUGUAUUUUGUAGCCUAUCCAUAUUUUUUGUUUUUCCAAAAAUCCAAAAAAGGAAGAAAAAAAAGUGACCCAGAUCCUAAUUGAUUGCAGGCUCUGCCCAUGGUAACGACCAUCUUAGUUCUUUCCUGUGUCUGACCGACUAGUUUCAGAAGGGCAAGCUGUCCUGUCGUGUCAGGCACAACAGUAAGAAGAGACGUUACUGUCUGAUUAUGACCAACAAACAAAUCUCUUUCAAGACUUUUAGAGAUAGUUUAGUCAAGCUAUCUUCCCUUGAGUAUUAUGUCUACUGAUAUGUAAUUGGACAUAUGUUCAACAUGUUUAUCCUUGUUUAGUUAUUGAGAACUGAUUGACUACAAAUGAUAAAAAACAUAAAAUGCAGCCACAUUUAAGAUAAUAUUUUCAUAUCCUGUAUUAGGAAUCAAACCGUGUUGUGCAUUCCUGUAACAGUGUUAAAUGUUUGGUCUUCUAUGUACUGUGUGCAUUUUUUGUUUCACUUCUAACUCCAUAAAACUAACAUCCUUGUAAAAUUAAUAGGUUUUUGUUUAUUUUUCAACAAUAAAAUACAAAUACAACAUACAAGC